UUGUAUCUAAUAAUUAAUUGAUGAUAAUAUAGACUAUGUUUUCAUUAGAAUUGAACGAGAGUUGAAAUACAUUGAAUGUAUACAUAUAGUUCAUUUAUGUAUAGAUAUACAAUGCACGUAUUUCAUUUAUAACUUGACUCUGUCGGAAACAUAGCCACAGAUCCCGGGUAGGAAUAUACUAAUCUGUGAUACCAGCAGCAUCUAUCGAACAGAAGAAGAAAAACAUUCUUGCCACAUGGUUUUAAAAUAUUAUAUAUAACCUCUAAACAUAACGAUGAAGUGGUUUACGGUGUUUAGUAAUGCACGUGUAGAAAAGUAAUAUUAUUAAUUGCAUAUAAGAAUCUUAAUUCUUGUUAAAAUGUCUGGGGUGGAAAGUGAAGCUGUAAAACACAAGUCGCAUAGAGAGCGAAAUGCUGGUCGUAAGGCUGAGAAGAAGAAAUCAAAGAAGGAGCACAUUCAAGAGUUAACUGAUAAACAGAAGAAUCCUAAGGCUUUCACAUUUAAUUCAGCAAUCAGAGCUGAAAGAAGGUUCAGACGCAAACAGGAUAUUGAGACAAAAAAACAGCAUGUACCAUUGAUUGACAGAACUCCAGUUGAACCACCACCAGUCCUGGUUGCUAUAGUCGGUCCACCAAAAGUUGGAAAAUCUCUUUUGUUACAAUGUAUGAUAAAAUCGUUUGCCAGACAGCCCUUAACAAAUAUUUUGGGUCCAGUUACUGUAAUAUCAGGGAAGAAACGAAGGAUCACCUUCAUGGAGUGUAACAACGACAUAAACAGUAUGAUCGAUAUUGCCAAAGUAGCUGACUUGGUUCUGCUAUUAAUUGAUGCUUCUUUUGGAUUUGAGAUGGAAAUAUUUGAAUUUUUGAACAUAUGCCAAGUGCAUGGAAUGCCUCGUAUUAUGGGCGUAUUAACUCAUUUAGAUGCAAUCAAAAAUGCAAAACAGUUACGAAAAACAAAGAAAACUUUAAAACAUCGUUUCUGGACCGAGGUCUAUGCGGGUGCAAAAUUGUUUUACCUUUCUGGACUAUUGCACGACGAAUAUCUUCGAAACGAAAUAAAAAACUUAUCUAGAUUCAUAUCGGUCAUCAAGUUCAGACCUCUAACUUGGCGAACUACACAUCCAUAUUUACUAGCAGACAGAAUUGAGGAUUUAACAGCUCCUGAAUUAAUACGUCAAAAUCCAAAAGUAGACAGAACUAUUAGUUUAUAUGGAUACGUACGAGGCGUUCCAUUCAAUAAGCAGUCUUCAGUCCAUAUUCCAGGGUGCGGUGAUGUCAAAAUCAAAGAUGUUAGUUUCCUGCCUGAUCCAUGUCCGCUUCCUGAACAAUUAAAAAAGCGUGCGCUGGUAGAAAAGGAACGACUUAUCUAUGCUCCAUUUUCUGGAGUUGGUGGAAUAGUAUAUGACAAGGAUGCCGUUUACGUGGAAUUGGGAGGUAGUCAUUCUUACAAGGAAGAGGACACUGGCCUUGUUAGUUCAUUAAUGGAUACGCAAGAGACUCUGGAUCAAAAAUUGCGGCACAGCGAGCUUAAAUUAUUUAGUAACACUGCACCUAUAAAAGCUCAAGACGUUGAUGAGAAUUUUGAUUCUGGUAUUAAAGAAGAUGCUAUUAUUGAUAAUGGCAGAAUUCGUCGAAAAGUUGUAUUUAGUGAUUCAAACACAAAUGAGGAAGAGGAUGAGGAUGAUGAUGAUGAUGAUGAAAAUGACGAACAACAGGACGAGGAAGAUGAAGAUAUGAACAGUGACGAAGACGUGAAAGAUACUGAGGAAAUUGAGAAUCAAGAAGAUAAAAUUGAACACAAGAAAAGAACGACGAUAAAAGGAAACAAGAGAAAAGAAUCUGCAGAAGAGAAAAUUGACGUAACCUUCAAGAAGAAGAGAAAAGUUAAUAACGAAGAUGAUGAUUUUGCCGAAGAACUAGAAUUUCUGAAAUCUGAAAAUAAUGCAGAUACAACUAAAAUUAACAAGCAGCAGGAAGUUUAUCGAGCUCCCAGUAAGAAUGUAGAUAAUGAAAUUCAAAAUAAAAUAGCAGAAGCUCUCAAUAUUUUAAAUACAGACACAAUUAGCAACAGGUCAUUUGAUGAAUCUGAGAAAGGUGCAAGUGAUGAUGAUGACGAAAGCUUUGAUGAGUUAAGUGAAGAUGAAACACAAGGAAGUUUGAAAAUGGAAGUAGAAAAAGUCGAUCAAGAUUUUGAAUCUGAUGAUUCUGGAGAAGAAGAAAGUGAGGAUGAUGAAGACACGAACGUCGAGGACGAUUUGAAAUGGAAAUCCGACAUGGCCCAUAAAGCUAGUGAAGCUUUUAUCAAUCGACAAGAGAGUAAAAGGAACUUAAUGAAAGUUGUUUAUAGUGUGUUUGACAACAAUAAAGUAGAGGCAGAAAAUUCUGACAAUGCAGACGAUGCUGAAGAGAAUGAAGACAUCGGUGGUAUAUUUCGGGUAAUGAAGAAGCAACAACGUGACAAAAUCGAGGAACGCGAAUUGAAGAAUCAAGAAGAAACCGUAUUCUUCUCAAAAGAACCUCCACGCAAUUGGCUUGAGGAAGACAAUAAGGUAUUGCUGGUUAAUCGUUUUGUUACUGGCAAGUGGAAGGAAUCAGAGGAUGCCGAAGAGCUUCUUAAACUUGAUGACAUGGAUGACGAUGAGGAGGUGUAUGGAGAUUUUGAAGAUUUAGAAACUGGAGAGAAGCAUGUAGCUCAGGCACCAAAGGAGUUGCCAAAGGAGGAAGCCGACGAGAGAAAAAAGCUUAUAGAGAAGAAGAAAAAGCUCAAGGAAAAAUUCGAUUCUGAAUAUGAUAACACAGACGAUAAGACGUAUUAUGAUGAGUUAAAAACUGAAGCAGAAAGGCAGACUCGGCUAAAUAAGUCAGAAUUUGAAGGCCUAGACGAUGAUGUCAGAGUACAACUUGAAGGCUUUAGACCUGGAAUGUAUGUUCGUGUAGAGAUUGAGACUGUACCUUGUGAAAUGGUGACGAAUCUGGACCCUACGUAUCCUAUUAUAGUUGGAGGAUUACUACAUGGUGAAGAAAAUAUUGGAUACGUACACACCAGGAUAAAGAAGCAUCGUUGGUACUCCAGGAUAUUGAAGACUAAAGAUCCAUUGAUAUUGUCAGUAGGUUGGAGGAGAUUCCAGACACUACCAAUUUAUUCAAAGUUAGAAGAUAACUUACGUAACAGAAUGCUGAAAUAUACACCAGAGCAUGUAGCUUGCAUGGGACACUUUUGGGGACCCAUAACCCCUCAAGGUACAGGAGUUCUUGCAGUGCAGGAUGUGGCAACUAGAGAACCAGGAUUUAGAAUAGCUGCUACUGGAACAAUUGUAGAGACUGACAAAACUACUCGUAUUGUAAAAAAACUCAAGCUCACCGGAGUCCCUCUAAAAGUCUACAAAAAGACUGCAUUUAUCAAGGACAUGUUUAAUUCGACGUUGGAAGUGGCGAAAUUCGAGGGUGCCAAAGUAAAAACCGUUUCAGGUAUUCGUGGACAAAUAAAAAAGGCUGUUUCUAAACCGGAGGGUUGCUUCCGUGCUACUUUUGAAGACAAGAUUCAAUUAAGUGACAUUGUCUUCUGUCGAACCUGGUAUCGAGUGGAAGUGCCCAAGUUUUAUAACCCUGUCACUUCUCUCUUAUUACCACCAUCUGAAAAGAACUUAUGGCGAGGAAUGAAGACUACAGGUCAACUUAAGAGGGAGAAAAACAUUCUAGCUACACCAAAUCCAGAUUCACUGUACACACCUAUCGAAAGAGCACCUAAGGUCUUCAAGCCCUUAAAUAUUCCACGAGGUUUGCAGAAGGUACUACCUUACAAGGACAAGCCAAAAGUUCUCCCUACACCAGGUAAACGAUUAGACAGUCAACGCGUUGCUGUAGUUCGUGAACCUAAGGAAGAGAAUGUUGCUCGACUCAUGAAAAUGAUUAAAACAAACUACAAUUAUAAGCAAGAGCAGCUUAAACAAGCUACUAGUAAAAGGAUGGCUGCACACAAGGCACAAAUUGCUGCUGAGGAAGCUAAAAAGUUAAAAAGACAGAAGGAACUAAAGAAACAAGUAUUCCGACAACUCAGUAAGAUGGAUGCUAAGAAUAAAAAACGAUAGCCAUAACGAUGUAAUAGUAUCAAAGGAAUAAUUGUUUUUAUAAUUUAUCACAAUUGCUUCAUAAAGAAUAUCGGAGUUUACCUGAUGUAAAAAGUUCCGUUCAGUUAAAAAAAAAAAAAUAAAAGUUUUCAUUAUAAUA